UAACGUGGAAAUAUUUUGGUUGGUAUUGGUUAUUAUUAGUAGACAGUUUUUACAGCGAGUUGACGACACUGAAUAUUGGCAUCGAAUGCAUCAGAGUUAGCUGAGAUUUCAACGAAAAUCAUAAUGGCAAAAAGGCGAGGACCUAAAAUUUUUGGCGGUGUUCCGAGAAAGAAAGCAAAACAAGAAGAAAAGAAAAAGAAGGAAGAAAAUGUCGAAAAACGAACACGUAAAGUACCCGCCAACUCAAUAUUCAGAGAUGAAUAUGCAGACUACCUCGUCGGUCACUUUUAUGGUGAAUGCUUGAAAGUAUCAAAAAUAUCGUAUCUGGCGUCACUUUUAUUGCUGUAUAAAGUCAACGAGGCGUUUGAUAACGAUGAUCAUGAUUAUUUUAUUACAACUAAUGGAAAAAAGGAAAUUCGUAAAAUUUUCACCGCUGUGGCACGCAUCGAUGGUGAAUUUACAAAUCAAAUGCCAGACGAGUUUAAAGAAAUGGUCGAGGAAUUGACUAACAACGAAUUUGAGUGGCCAUCUCGUGAUCUGAUGGGAAAUGCAUUUGAGUAUAUGCAUCAACAAUACCUUAGCAAUGUGACAACACAGCAUACCACACAUUGUGAGAAGGAAUUGGCGUACUUCUUGCAAAUGAAGCGCUACCAAUUCAAUCAGGAACCAUACAGAUUAUUCAAAUUUGAUGACAUCGACAUUCGAAACGCAAUCGAAAGCAUUAUGCGCAAUAAAGACUGGAGUGAAGGCGAUCCAGUUCGAAAAUUCAAAAUGAAUGAGCUGUUUGUUGCCGUGAAAGAACGUUGUUUACCAUCAUUUGGCGAUUAUCUCACAAUGACUCAAUACAUCGAGAAAAAGUGGUUUGAAUCACUUUAUUUUUUCAUCCAAAUACAACGUGAAAUUAGUGAAUUCAAGGCAGAACAUCAACAGCUAGUGCAUGCAUGGCUGCGACACAAGAAAAAACCAUUGUUGUUCGAAAAACCGACGCAACCACUGCCGCCAAAGAUUCGCAAUAUCACCGUUGUACCGUUAUGUGAUAAUAAACUCAAACACAUCAGAUUCGAUCAUAAGGAUUUGUUAGCACUAUUGGCUCGAUGGAAACUGAUUCCAGAAGAAUUCGCAUGACAGCAACAUUCACGAAGAUGGAACAGUCCGAUCGCGAGGAAAACUAUCUAGUAAUACCAUCACCGCGCGGAAACGGCUGGAUAUACUAUCUCGAUCAUCGAUUGAAAAUGAUGCAGGAUGGAUUGACGGCAUAUGCUCGGCGAGGAUAUGCACGGCUAUCGUUGGACAAGUACAUCGACUCACAGCACGAAACCGAUUGGUUAGCAAAAUCAUUGACAAAGAAUAAACCAUCGCUGUUUACCAUCGGAGACGCGGACUUGCCAGCCAAUUCGCCAAUCGGUAAGAAGAAGACCAAACGAUGCCCGGGAACACGACGUCUUGAAAACAGCGUUCAAAAAUUACAUCAUUCAGAUGUCGUUAGAGUGGACGAAGCUUACACAUCGCAACACUGUGCCAGUUGCAUGGUGAAGUUCCCGAAAGAAACGAAAAAAUUCCGAUUCAAAGCAUGCAAGAAUUGUCCACGCAAUGCUUCAAUACCACCGGAGAUUGCCAAAUACAUGUCGUUGCCGCCGCUAAUUGUAUCAAAAAAGGGCUCACGACGCAAAACGUUGGACCGUUGUGUGAAAAAGUUGAUCGACAGAGGUCUAGUAAAUCAAGCAAAUCUGCCAAAAGAAUCCAAACCAGAGCGAUUAGCGUCACCCAAAAUGUACUAUUGGAAAAACUGGCCGCUAAACUCUGUGAAUGCACUUCAAAUGGGAGACGAUGCUGCGAACACCAAUGAUCAUCAACAACAACAACAACAACAACCGGAACAAGAACAUAAAUAUCGAGAGCUGCGAUUUACCAUUGUUUGGCAUCGAGACAGUGGGUACAAACACCUUCCAAUUAAUUCAAGAAAAAUAAUACACGCACCAAAAAUACGAGAAGAUUCGGUUUUUUAAUGAUAACGAAAUAUAAUUUUUUGAUGGGUGCUCAUCCGUUAUGACUCAUAACUUAUGAGUGAGCGGAUAUCAAACGGAAGAGAAGUGCCAAAUAAUUUGCGACAAUCAUUUCACAUUAUUCAAACUGUAAACUUUUGCUUAAUUAAUUGAGAUAAAGCUAUUAUUUACAUGAAACACGGAAUGGUGCAUUUUUCAGUAAUUAGAGCGAAAAAAGGGGGAUAAA